CAGAUGUGCAGCAAGAAGGUUUUGAGAUUUUUUGGUCAGAGCUUUGGACCAAGGUAUGGGCCUCGACUGGUCAGUUAUUCAGCUGUCAUUGAGGUUGGAGCACUUUGACAACUUGCAACCCAUCUUCACAUCCAGCUGCUUCCACUUCUAUUCUUUCAUACGAUAUCGCCGACCGUAGCCGAGACCGAGGAGGACCCCCGAGAGACUGAAGCAGCAACAUCCAGACAACCAAAGUCAUGAUGCUGGCACGAGCUGCUGCGCGCCCGGUUGCGGGUGCGAGAGCUGCGGCUUUUGCGGCGUCGUCGGCCUUCCCCCGCCAGACAUUGCCGGCCGUAUGGGCCCGAGGAAUGACCAAAGACAACAAGUCGAGGUUUAAUGCUCCAAAACAAUCACCGUCACAAAGGGCCGCUGCCGAACAACAGCAGCAACCAAAGCAACCAGAUGCCCCGCCAUCACCACCACCACCACCGUCGUUGACCGCUGAGACAGAGGCCAAGUCAACCACACCCCAGGAACAGGAGCCCGAAGAACCGAUACCCGAUCUGUCCAAGCUUCCAGACCUGACACAGGGCAUCCCUUCGACUUUGGAAUACGAACGGGCCGGUGCUACAGACAAGUCCACCAUCGGAGACGAGGCGGCUUCGGAGGCCGAAGCGGCGGGUGCUGGGAGCGGUGGUGAUGGGGGUGGCAGCGGCGGGAGAAAGAGGCCAAAGGGUGAGCUUCCCGCUUCUGCCUAUGUCUCGUCGUCGGAGCGCAAGCGGAAGUGGUGGACCUAUUUCGCACUCGCCUCUGCUGGCUUGGGUGCUGUCGGAGGCACCGUGUAUCUGGGCAGGGAAUGGAGCGAGGAGGAGCUCGCCAAAAACCCCAGUGUUGGCAACGGCUGGAGUCUGGGGCUCUGGUGGAAGCGCGCCGUGUCACGCAUGACGGAGACUGUCACAUACUAUCAGGAGCCGUCAUUUGAGAAGCUGCUCCCCGACCCUGACCCGUCCUUUGAACGUCCCUACACCUUGUGCAUCAGUCUGGAGGAUAUGCUGAUUCACAGCGAAUGGAGUCGCGAGCAUGGAUGGCGUGUGGCAAAGCGGCCGGGCGUGGACUACUUUUUGCACUACCUCUCGCAGUACUACGAAAUCGUCCUCUUCACCACCGUCCCCUGGGGCACCGGCGAGCCGCUGGUGCGCAAACUGGAUCCCUACCGUUUCAUUAUGUGGCCCCUCUUCCGUGAAGCCACAAAGUACAAGGAUGGCGAGAUCAUCAAGGAUUUGUCGUACCUCAACCGUGAUCUGUCCAAGGUGAUCAUCAUCGACACCGAAGCCAAGCACGUCCGUGCCCAGCCCGAGAACGCCAUCAUCCUCCCUAAGUGGAAGGGCAACCCCAAAGACAAGGACCUGGUCGAUCUCGUCCCCUUUUUGGAGUUUAUUCACACCAUGCAGUACGAUGACGUCCGCAAAGUCCUCAAGUCGUUCGAGGGCAAGAACAUUCCAGUCGAGUUUGCCCGCCGUGAGGCCCUCGCCCGCGCCGAGCAUCAGCGCAGGCUGGGUGCCAACAAGGUUAAGGCCUCGGGCGGCGGCAUCGGCUGGCUGAGCAGCCAUCUCGGCCUCAAGCCAAGCAACAUGAGCUUGAUGGUGACGGAGGGUGAGGAGAACCCCACCGAGGCGUUUGCCAAGGGCAAGAUGCUACAGGACAUCGCGCGUGAGAGAGGCAUGCGUAACUACUUGGCGCUGGAGGAGGAGAUCCGCAAGAAUGGCGAGAAGUGGCUGAAGGAAGAGCAAGAGCUCCAGGAGAAGAUGCAGAAGGAAGCCAUGAAGAGCAUGAAGUCGUCCAUGUUCAGCUGGUUCGUCAAGGAUGAGGAGACAUCAGCCUCAUCCUCAACAGAUAGCACUUCGGGGCCCAAGACGGCGUAG